CAGGUGUCUAACAAAGUGUCAGUGUCAAAUGUUUAUAACAUACAUAACCUCAAAGGAUAAACCAUAAGUCGCUGUUGAUUUCCAUUUAAAUUUUUAAAUGAUUAUAAUUUUUAUAAUAGUCUAAAUGGCGUGGUUAGGCUCAACAGUUUUAAAAACACUAUGGCGACCUGCAACCAAUAUCGUAAGGAACGUAUAUCAUUCAGAGAAGACUCGUCUUGUGAGAAGAUAUGGAUAUAAGGAAAAGAUGUGGAGUGGAGGCCUGUUACCUAGGAGCGAGGGAAAGAUCCAGCCUAUGCCGGAGUACAGGCCAGCAAAUGUGUGGACAGAACGGAGGGCACUGUUUGGACAAAAUGACUACAUAGAUAUACUGGGCCCUGGUGACUUGCAUCCAGUGAGAACCCUGUACAACAUUCCUUCUUGGAUAAGAGGUGUCAGCGGACAUGAGUAUCAUAUUCUCCUUAGAAAGAAGAAGAUGUUGGCAAAGACAGAUAAACCUGUGAGAACUCCUACCAAGUGGAAGGAGCUACAGAAACGCCUCUCCUUCCUCUACAGGAAGUUGAAUAGGAAAACCAAGACCGGCCCAUCCCCUGAUUAGAUUUACUGCUUGUCUUUAGGAUAUAUUAGAGUUUAAAAUGUAGAUAAAUAAUAAAUAAAUCUUAAUGUACAA